UUUAUUCGAGAUGUACAUUUACACAAUGGGUGAACGUCCUUAUGCAUUGGAAAUGGCAAACUUACUUGACCCUGGAGGUAUCUACUUCCAUUCUAGAGUGAUUGCUCAAGGAGACUGCACCCAGAGGCAUCAAAAGGGUCUCGAUGUUGUUGUGGGUCAAGAAAGUGCUGUCCUGAUCCUUGAUGAUACUGAAGCGGUAUGGGGAAAGCACAAGGAGAACCUAAUACUGAUGGAGCGAUAUCAUUUCUUUACCUCAAGUUGUCGACAAUUUGGUUUAAAAUGUAAAUCACUUUCUGAAACGAAAAGUGAUGAAAAUGAAGUUGAGGGAGCGCUUGCCUCUGUUUUAAAAGUACUGCAACAGAUCCACACUCUGUUCUUCGACCCGGAACGCAGGGACAAUAUUAUGGAGCGAGAUGUUAGGCAGGUA